UGUGUAUGGUCUGCACAUUGCGAUACAGCGCAUACAGUUUAUUGAGACAACAACAUCAGUAGGGUUAAUAUGCAUUUUGAGAUUGGUAUUCAAGUAAGAAAAUAUUGGCUUACGUUUAAACAGUUUGUGAUUUUUGACUGAUUUUCAUUUUUAUUUAGCAGAGUAUUAUAGUAGCACACGCAUAAGCUCUGCCGUUAUCAGUAAGGUUAGAAACGUUUUUUAAUGAAUGCUCGUUAUGAGAACUACCCUUCUUAAUUUCACCAAACAAAUGACAAGAGGAAGAUCCAUUCUGUCAUAGCAUUAUUUCCUGCGAAAUGAUAGAUGCCAAGUACAGCGUGGUUGCUGAACUUUUCCUCAGUAUCGAAGGAUUAACUGAAGACACCUUGAUUCUUUGUUCCAGAGCAUUUUUGCUAGACCGUGAGUUUUAUCGUUCUAGACCUAAAUUCUUUAACUGUGACACCAGUGAAAUUGUAUCUGAAGAUUGUUUUGAUGUGUCAGAAAAUAGCCUUAAAGACUUUUUGGACUUACCAGAAGAGGUUACACAUCACAUUAGUAGCAGCGAUGAACUGGAUGAGGAAACAUAUUUGAUGGCUAGUAUGGGUCUACCAAUUCAGUUUGGAAACACUUGUAAGAUUUCUCAAGGUGUUAAAAGGGUUGCAAAAGAAAGGACUACCAGGAAAAGACCAUCUGUCUACACAAAGUGUGAUAAGCCAAAUACCCUUAAAAAUGAAGAAAGUGAUUCUGAUGUCAGCAGAGAUUCUAAAUGUGAAGGUGUGACCACGGAAGUGGAGAUGUGCCUGACUGCCACUCAGGAGCCAUCUAACUUUGACAGCUGGGAGAGGUACUGGAGUUUGCACAGCGAAAAUCUUCUGUGGCAGACCUGGCUGGAAAAACAUCCUGAAUGUUCUGAUGAUCAAUCUGUGUUGCCCUGGGAUUCUCCUGCUAGCAAAGAUGAAUGGGAGCAGCAUUCUAAUGAGCAGUAUUACUAUUUCUGGGAGCAGUUUCAGUACUGGGCCUCCCAGGGUUGGACAGUGGAUGAUUCUUACAGCAGUUUCACACUUGAGAAUGCCUUGUUAAAUGAAACACAACAACCAGCUUGCACUGCAGACAUUAAAUCUGUGAAUAUAGAACAUCCUGCCAGGAUGUUCAGUGACUCACAAAUUGAAAUAAACCCAGAAAUAUGUGAGGUGUGCUCCACAGAGACUAUAAAAAUGAUUAGACAAAUCGGCUUAGAUUCAGAAGAAUCUGUGCAGUAUAACUCAACAACAGAUUCUCAUCAUAGCAUGGUAGAGUCAACAAAUCACAAUAAUGAUCAACACCAAGGUAGUUCAUGUCCUAAAGAGAGCCAACCCAGUGAUGGAGGCACUCAAAAAAGAACUACAUCUUCCAGGGAUCACUCCAAAGCCGCAGAUUUGAAUCAGAAUACACCUACUGAAUUUACACAAGGAAGUGUGUUCAAAGACAGUCAGGGAAAGAAAAACAGUAACAGUGAUGAUGAUGAUGAUGAUGACUAUCCAUCUGAGAGACGAGUAAAGGUUAAGCGAAGCCAUGAAUUAGAUGUUGAAGAGAUUCCAUCUGAAGCAGUAAAAGAUACUUAUAAAAUGCUGGGCUUGAAAUGCGGUGCCAGUGAAAGGUUUAAAAAUAUCCCUAAUUUCAAAGUUGGUAAAGUUCGUUAUCAUAAAAAAGAUGUUGAAAUCAGUACAAGAUUUUUGGACAAGCAUCAGAAAGCUGUUCACAAAAACAACCAUGUGUUUUUCAAUGAGGAAGGGGAAAUAUCUGCACCUAGGAUGCCAAAGACCAUCAAUAAGGUGAAAAAAUUUUUAAAACAUAUUCAGAGUAAUAUUAGCGAUAUGUCACCAGCUGAGAGAAUGAGCUACCUGGAAAGCCCAACACCUGAAAGCAGUGAAUCUGAAGAUGAGAUUAAGUGCAUACCAGAACAGCCUGUCACGCAAGAGGGUAAUGACCCUGGAAAAGCUGCUGAGCAAGAUGGUACCUCCAUAUCUUGUCCCAUACAAGAUGUUUUAUUAGACUAUCAGCUUCAUACUUCCCAAAAUGAGAAGUCUCAAUCUCUGAUUCCAGAUAACACUCAUGCAUCAGAAGAUUAUAAGGUAGAACCUCCUCAGCGAGAGGUGUUUUCUCUGGAUAUCCCAGACUACCUUGUACCUGAUGCUGAUGAAAAGCACUCUGAAGAUAGAGGAAAGAUUACAAAAAAGAAAAAGAAAAGGAAAAAUAAAAAUCUAUGUCAGAUGCCACCAGACAUUGCAGCUGUACCACAACUAGCCAAGUAUUGGGCACAGCGAUAUCGCCUCUUUUCAAGGUUUGAUGAUGGAGUCAAAUUGGACUAUGAAGGCUGGUUUUCUGUCACCCCUGAAAAGAUUGCAGAGCACAUCGCUAUCCGAGUUCAGCAGACAUUUGACUGUGAUAUCAUUGUUGAUGCUUUCUGUGGUGUUGGUGGUAACGCUAUUCAGUUUGCUUUGACUGGGAAGAGAGUAAUUGCUAUUGAUAUUGACCCAACACGAAUAGCCUUAGCACAAAAUAAUGCGGAGGUUUAUGGAGUUGCUGAAAACAUUGAGUUUAUCCUGGGGGACUUUAUGCUUCUGGCCCCAAAUCUGAAAGCAGAUGUUGUGUUUCUUAGCCCUCCUUGGGGUGGCCCCGAUUAUCUCAGCGCUGAUAUCUUCAAUAUUAAAACAAUGAUUUCACCAGAUGGAUUUGAAAUUUUCAGCCUGUCGAAAAUAAUUACCAACAAUAUUGUCUAUUUCCUUCCACGGAAUGCUGAUGUGGAACAGAUUGCAUCAUUAGCUGGACCUGGUGGGAAGGUGGAAAUAGAACAAAACUUUCUUAAUACAAAGUUAAAAACUAUUACUGCUUAUUUUGGCAAUUUAAUCAAAGUGGACUCCUAACCUAAUCCUCCUAUCCUAACUGAACAUUACUAUCAUGUCAACAUGUCACCUUUUUCUCUAAUUCAGACUUUUUGUAUAAACUGCUAAAUUAAA